CAAACUUUCAACGAAUUAAAGCUUUUUAAAACGUUUUUUGUUGAUUUCAUGUUGAAUUAAUGUUAAAAUUUGUCAUUACAAUAAAAAACUGAACCACUUUCAUGUAAAAAUUGUUCGAAAAUGAUGUCCAUCUGAUAGUCUGGAGUCUUCACAACACUUAAAAAUGACAAAUAUCGCUAAAAUUAUCACAAAAGACACCGUUUGUCGACUUUGUUUCGGCAUUUGCAACGAUUUGAGGGAAAUCUUUGACGCCAACACCAAAUAUGCUGAUCGAAUAUCGAAAUUUUUGUAUUUACAAUUACCAAAAGACGAUACGCUCUCUACAAAAAUCUGCUGGAGUUGUGCAAAUUACCUGGAUAUGUUCCAGCAGUUCUACACGAAAAUCAUCGAUACACAAAAACAUCACUUAUCCACCAAAUUUGACCAAUAUCUGCUCGAACCAGUGUUUAUUGUGAAGAAUUUCAGCAAUUCCUGUACAAACGAAGUCGAAAUCGCAUGCAAAAUACCGAAUUUCUCGGAUGCCGAAGUGAUGGAAACACCACAAGAACAGGAAAAAUCAGUUGAAAAGGAAGUUUUAAUAGAAAAAACGGUGAUCGAGACCCUUCCCGCACGAAAAACUCGUUCUAGCGUCAUCAAAGAGCGAGAAAAGACGCCGGAACUGAGACCUGUGACAAAAACGUACAAAAGAAAAUCAAGACAGAAGUCACCUGAACCAAAAGAAACACUUCCAGAAGUCGAAUCUGAGCCUGAAUUGUUUGACGAAGUACUUUCCGAAGACGAAUACAAGCCUCCAACGCCUAAAAAACGAGUUUUAGCAGCCAAAGCAAAGAUAGAAAAGCCCAAAGAGAUCAAAAUAGUAAAAAAAGAAACUCCUGUAAAGCCUCUGAGACAAGAAGAUUACUCAAUAAUUGCUGUUGAUGAUCCAAAUGCGUCCAUAAAUGACGUGAAUUUCAGCGAAGAAUGGCCCUCAUCCGAGAGUUUUGAGAAAUUUCCCAACAAAAUUCUGGACGACGGUUGUUUGUUGAUUCGUGGCAAGGAAUUGAACGAUCUUGUGAGCAAAUUUUUCAAACUCCAAUGCGAAAUUUGUAAGGAAAAUGUCCGUUUCACCGACAUUCGACAAAUGUACAAACACUACAAGCAGCAUAAAACUCCUGGUUUCGUUCGUUGUUGCGGCAAUAAAAUCGAGCAUUAUCGUGCUGCGGUAUUGCAUAUGGCGCGUCACUUGCAACCGGAAGCCUUCAAAUGUCACAUUUGUAAUUACAUCGUCACCAGACCGAAAUUUUUGGAAGUUCAUAUGAAGACUCACUUACCAGAGGAUGAAAAACCCUUCGCUUGUCCGCAUUGCCCGAAGAGAUUUUGUUGGAAAGCCGCGUUUUCGGUUCAUUUGGAGACGCACAAGUCCGAGGAGGAGCGAAAAACUUACAUGUGUCACAUGUGUCCCAAAGUGUAUGACACGCCCGGAGGUUUGUCGACGCAUAAGAAGCUCGUUCAUCUAAAAUACAAAGAAGAAAAGCACGUUUGUCACGUAUGUGCAAAGUCCUUUGCCACAAAAACCGGCUUAAAUGAACACAUGAACACGAUCCAUCAACGCGAAAAGACUCAAGUGCAGUGCAAGGAGUGCGGAACGUGGCUGAUGAACAAACGUUGUCUCAAAACUCACAUGAUGCUGCAUUCCGAUGUUGAACAUCGUUGCAAGGAAUGCGAUUACACGACGAAAAAACCGUACCUGUUGACACGGCAUGUCAUCACCCAUCACACGACCGAGACAAAAUUCGAGUGUGACACGUGCCAGAAGAAAUUCAAGCUGAAACGAGCUCUCACGUGUCACAUUCAGCAAACGCAUACUGAAGCUGCGAACAAGACGUACAAGUGUAAUUUUUGCGAGAAAACUUUCGGGUCGUCGACGAAUUUCUACACGCAUCGGAAAAAUAUUCAUCCGAAAGAGCUGGCAGCGAUGAAACAAAAAGCGGAGGAAGAAAAACGACUCAAGAGGAUCGAGAUGGGAUUAGAAGCGGAAUACACAGUUAUUGUCGAUGGUGGGGAGAAAAAUGAUGGAGAAAUGGUAGAACUUAUAGAAGAAAAUGAUGGGGAGCAGAUGGUAGUGUUAGAAUUACAACAAAAUUAA